AUGUCCGGAUACGACCGAGCUCUUUCAGUGUUUAGGUAUGCACCCAAGAUUUGCCCAUCCCGACGUAUUCCCUACCCUGACCAUCUUCCCCCAGCCCUGAUGGGCACGUCUUCCAAGUGGAAUAUGCCAUGGAAGCUGUCAAGAGAGCUCAUCGGCCAUCUCUCCUGGCUCAAAGGUACCUGUGCUGUGGGCGUGAAAGGCAAAGACAUUGUCGUACUGGGCUGCGAGAAGCGCUCCGCUCUAAAGCUCCAAGAUACCCGCAUCACACCAUCGAAGAUCGCCGUGGUGGACCACCAUGCCGUCCUUGCCUUUGCCGGAUUGAAUGCCGAUGCACGCAUCCUCAUCGAUAAGGCCCGGUUAGAGGCCCAGUCGCAUCGUCUGACAGUGGAGGACCCCGUGUCCAUCGAAUACAUCACCAAAUACAUUGCCGGUGUGCAGCAGCGAUACACGCAGAGCGGAGGCGUUCGACCCUUUGGUAUCAGUACGCUUAUAGUGGGGUUUGAUCCCAAUGAUAAAACUCCUAGAUUAUAUCAGACCGAACCGUCGGGUAUCUAUUCUGCUUGGAAAGCAAAUGCUAUUGGCCGUUCUAGCAAGACCGUCCGCGAAUUCCUGGAGCGUAAUCACCAGGAGGAUAUGGACCGUGAGCAGACGAUUCAGCUUACCAUCAAGUCGCUGCUGGAGGUGGUGCAGACGGGCGCCAAGAACAUCGAGGUGGCGAUCAUGUCGCCCGGUCAGACGAUCGAGAUGCUGCCGGAAGAUCAGAUCGAGUCAUACGUGAAGAGUAUAGAGACCGAGAAGCAAGAGGAGGCGGCCAAGAAGAAGACGGGUCGGACUGGUACUACGACGGCGGCCAUUCUAACGCGACCUGGCGGGGAGUCGUCUCGAGAGUAG